AUGUUUUGGUUCUCCUUCUUUUCCGACCCCAAGGGCACUUCCUCAUCUCGUCCUCGAGCCGACAAAUGCAACAAGCAACGUGGAUCGUCUAGCCGUUUCGAGGAGUUCGCAUCGCCACUCGUGAAUCCAUCUCGCUCCGGAAGCAAGAGUCAAGAGGCUGCCGUAUCUACUGCAAGGAACCCUAGGCAUUUCAAUGGCAACUUCGUUCCGAAUAAGGAGGAUCCUGACACAUUCGCAGCCUUGCAGGCCAUCUACGAAGCACUACACGACCCCUCAAUACUCGAUGCUAGGCGACACCUGCGUUACGACCUGCAACCAGUGAUCCACAUCGUAUUCCCGGACACGCCACCUCGAACACCUCUAUCUGAUGCUCUUCACACCCCCGGCCCACGUUGCAUCCUCGACCUCAUCGAUGGCGAAGCUCAUCCUGCCGUCGCCCACCUGGCCUUCCCACUAUACCCUAUAGCAGCUCCUGCCAAGGUGGGGCAUCCUAUUUCUGCCCUCCGUGGCUACAGGACGCCCCUACUCCUCUCAUCCCCGUCGCACCCCAUCCUUCUUCCUCCUGCUCGUACCACAAAUAUGAAUGUCGCCGAUUUUUCGAUCAUCCGCUUCUUAGGCGAGGGUACGAGCGGGAAGGUGUACUACGUCAAGGACAGAAUCUCGAGAGCGAAGGUGGCGCUCAAGGUUAUCCCGAAGGAGGACAAGAACGAGUGUGCGCUGGGCGUGGUCCUCCAGGAACGCGAGAUAUGCGAGAAGCUCUCCGACUCGCCAUGGUUCGUUGGCUUAUGGGCGUCGUGGCAUGAUCAGGCCAACCUUUACAUUGCUAUGACUCUGUACCCCACCGAUCUGGACAGCGAGAUGAUCAAAUGUAAAAUUAUUGAACCUGAAAGAGCGCGGUUCUACAUGACCGAAAUUAUUAUAGCUCUGACUGAACUCCAUUCUCGCGGGAUAAUCCACCGCGAUAUCAAAGCACCCAACAUCCUUAUAGACAGAAACGGGCACAUCGUUCUUGCAGAUUUCGGACUUGUGAAAGACUUUGAUCGAAUACCUACUCUUCCCGAACGGGUUUACCAACCGUAUUGGCCCUACCUGCCUACAGAUGAUCCAACGAAGGGCUCAACACCUCGGCCGCCAGACCAGCUGCACUUUGUUGCUUGGGAUUAUCGCGGCUCAGAGCUCGAGAUGGCGCCGGAGAUUCAUAUGAGGGAGCCGUACUCGUUCGGAGUGGAUUAUUGGUCUGCGGCGGUGGUAUUGUACUGGAUGUUGACUGGACGACCACCAUUUUAUGAGGACGAAGCGGAAUAUGAAGAUGGAGGAGAGCAAGAUGUGAAGCCGUUGUCCUUCAAGAUUGUCGAAGAUAAUCUGUAUUGGGAUCCAGGGGAUAACGUUGAUGACGACACGAAGGACUUUCUUGAGCGGAUGCUUGAGAAAGACCCUAGAGAUCGUCUCAUGAUAUCUUACGAAAUACCUAAUCACCCGUAUUUUGCGAGCAUUGACUGGCCGCUCAUGGAAGCACGGCUAGUACCUCCACCUUGGGUUCCUAUAGGCGACAUCGGCCACGUUUAUGAACCUACUGCGUCUUCUUCCUUUACUCCCGGCGAACCGUAUGCCAGUGAAGCAGAUGAUCCAUGCCCAGAGUUCACUUUCCUCUCAGAACAAGCGAAAGUCCCGCCGCUGCUAGAGGAUGAGGACGAAUACGACUCCGAUUAUGAUUCUGACAACGACACUGUCACAGAUGAGAUGGCACUUGAAUCAAAACAAGCGAAGAUUAUACCCACCUGGCCUCACUUUGCGCGGGCACGGCUCGAGCUCUCGGACACCCCGAAUGGAAGCCAGGACAUCCGUACUCUCAAAUCCAACUCUCUGGACUCGAAUAUUUUUCUCAAAGAAAAUUGGCAACGUUCUUUUGUCAACCCCCCUUCGAAUCGGCCAUGUGGCGAUGGCCGCAAACGGUGGCUGUAUGCGCAAGACCUCCUUCAGCUGCACACGCCGCACAUUGCGUCACACCGCUUCGCCAUGAACUCUUCUCCAGCACUUUCGACUAAACCACAUCAGGUCACCUCCCAACGUCCCCUCUCCGAGAUCAACACCCAGCCUCGCGGUUGCACUUCUCGCUUCGAGAUAGACCCAUCUCUUCCCAACCCGCCAACCGAUGUCUCGCGUCCUCAGCACGUCAAUCAUGUUGUGAAUGGCACAGGCGUGCUGUUCAAGGUCAAGGUCUGGAUAUCGAAACUUAAGACGCCGAAGCCGAAGAAGGGCUUCCCAUUGAGCCGACUGUCGUUUCCCGGUUGA